AUGAAGAGUUAUGGUGAGGAAUUACCUAGAGAGAGAGUUGUGCAGAAAUUGUUGUUUAGUCUGCCGAAAUCAUAUGAUUCCAUUUGCUCUGUGAUUGAACACUCUAAGGAUCUUGAAACUCUAGAAGUUCAAGAGGUGGUUGCCUCUUUGAAGAGCUUUGAGCUCAGGUUGGAUCGCCAUACUGAGAAUUCUAUAGAAAGGGCUUUUACCAGUCUGAAUAUUGAGGAAAAGAAGUCUAAAAGUGGGAGUUUUUCUGGAGAUCAAAUUCUCAGAAAAAUUGGAAGUCUAAUGAUGGUAACAAAACAGCUUGUGAACACUGUGAUAAGCUACAUUAUGGCAAAUGUUGGUUUGAGGGGAAGCCUAAAUGCCAUGGGUGUGGGAAAUUUGGGCAUAUGA